ACUCUUGCCGCUAACCUCCAUUAUACUUUGCAAAGGAUAAAUAACCCAACAAUACAUGGCUUUAGCUUUACUCUUACUCAAAAACCCCUUAAAAAUAAACCCCUGCAACAAGUCCUCAUCAUUCUGUUGCGCCACAAGUUCAUUCUCUUGCUCCUCCCCAAGAGUUUAGCAGCCACAAUGAAAUUACCUUCCAGAGGAAGGCCACCUCUUCCCAUUAUUAUUGCCAUAGUCGUCUGUUCUUUUGCCUUCAUAGCUCUCUUCUAUACAGAAACGGUUACUUUACUUUCUCCCAGAUCCAUUUUCAAGCGUAAAUAUUCCUGCUCCGGAAAAAAUGCGGCCAGAAAAUCUAAUGACAGAAAUGCAGAGAAUGAUGUGGAUGAGUCCCUUGUAGAUGAUAGGUUCGAGUUUGACGCAGAGGAAUGCAAUGUUGCUAACGGAAAGUGGGUGUUUAACAGUUCAAUCAAGCCCUUAUACUCAGACAGAACCUGCCCGUAUCUUGAUAGGCAAGUUUCUUGUGUCAAGAAUGGACGGCCGGAUUCUGACUAUCGUCACUGGGAAUGGCAGCCAGAAGAUUGUACCUUGCCUAGGUUUAAUCCAGAGCUCGCUCUUAAGAAACUGCGAGGAAAGAGGCUAUUGUUUGUAGGAGAUUCACUGCAACGUGGCCAAUGGCAAUCUUUCGUCUGUAUGGUCGAAUCCAUCAUACCUGAGGACAAGAAGUCCAUGAGGCGGGGCCGUUCCCUUUCAGUCUUCAAAGCCAAGGAAUAUAAUGCUUCAAUUGAAUUCUAUUGGGCCCCAUUUCUUGUGGAGUCCAAUUCGGAUCUCCAUAUUAUAGCAGAUCCAAAGAAGAGAAUACUGAAAGUGGAUUCUGUCAAAAAGCAUGCCAAAAGUUGGGUAGGAGUGGAUAUCCUCGUCUUCAAUACAUACGUUUGGUGGAUGAGUGGUCUUAGACUCAAAACACUAUGGGGAUCGUUUGCAAAUGGGGAAGAAGGGUAUGAAGAGCUGGAUACACCAAUUGCUUACAGAAUAGGUUUGAAGACGUGGGCCAACUGGGUCGACUCAACUGUUAAUCCCAAUCACACCCGUGUCUUCUUCACCACCAUGUCCCCUACACACACCAGAAGCGAAGACUGGAAUAGAAAGAAUGGAACCAAAUGUUUCAAUGAGACAAAGCCAGUCAUGAAAAGGAAGCACUGGGGAACCGGUUCCGAUAAGCGAAUAAUGAGCGUCGUAACAAAUGUUGUGGAGAAAAUGAAAGUUCCCGUUACGGUCAUCAACAUAACACAAAUCUCCGAAUACCGGAUUGAUGCCCACGCAUCGAUUUACACAGAGACCGGGGGUCGACUGUUGACUGAUGAGGAGAAAGCUGACCCAUUACACCAUGCAGAUUGCAUCCAUUGGUGUUUGCCAGGAGUCCCAGACACUUGGAAUCAAAUCUUUUUGGCACAUUUGUAGGAAAACCAAAAAAUCUACACCGAUACUCCAUGUGUUUUUGUCACAACAAGAUGUCAAUUAUACAUAGCUUUUGAUUUCUUAUUUCCAAAUCCUUUGAUUUGCAGCAGAAAACAAAAAUUCUGGCCAAAUUGUAAUUCAAAAUGCAACUCCUUUGAUUUGA